AUGAGACAUCAACCACGUCAACGUCACUCGCCACCGCAAUCUCACUCAUCUCCGUCGUCAUCUUCAUCGGAAUUCGAGUUUAACAUCUCAAUCUCGCCGCGAAAAGCCUCUUCUUCGCUUUGUCCCGCCGAUGAGCUCUUCUACAAAGGCCAGCUUCUCCCUCUUCAGCUCUCUCCUCGUCUCUCUCUCGUCCGCACACUCUGCUCUUCUUCCUCCGACUACUCUUCUUCUUCAUCCUCCUCCGCCGCAACCUCCGCCGCACGUGACUCCACCGAAUCUUCCUCCUCCACUGAUUCCACCGCUUCUUUCCCUCUCCUCCAUCCUCCGCCGCUCGAUUGCUGUGACUCUUCCCGUCCUAGCUCCGUGACCGACGAAGAAGACUUCUUCUUUAAACCUCCGAAGAAGAAUCUAAGUUACAAAUCUUCCGGCGGUUUCUCACUCUCUAGAUUCUCCUCUGUUUUCAAGAAAGAUCCAAAAACCGCCGUCGCCGCAGCAAACGCAGCUCCGUCGUCGGUGAAGAGAAUGAGCUCAACAGCGAAAGAGGUCAUUCGCAAAUACAUGAAAAAAGUCAAACCUUUAUACGACAAGUUAUCUCAGAAACAGAGCUCCACCGUCACCGCUUUGAAAACAGAGUCAUCAUCUCUCAAAGACUCCGGAAACAUCCGUGGAACCGCCGCCUCCUCCUCCUCAACUACCACCGCCAUUCCAACAGUUGUCUCCGGGGGAGGUCUAUCGAUCUCUUUCUCCGGAAACCUAAUGAAAUACACAAAACGAGGACGAUGCGCGGCGAGCUGUCCGUCGUCUAUGAGGUCAUCUCCGAAUCACUCCGGCGUACUGACACGUGGCGGUUUCCCGAGUGGUCAAGGAGGAGGUAGCUGCAGCAGCAGCAGUAACAACAGUAUGUCUUCUUCAAUGGAAGAGUUGCAAAGUGCUAUUCAAGGAGCGAUUGCUCAUUGCAAGAACUCAAUGUUGCAGAAGAGUUUGGUUAGUAGUCUCGAGAUCUAG